GGGGAUCUGUUUUGUUGCACAAACGUGUAAACAUGACUCCCCCGAGAGGUAGUAACAUUUAUUUGUCCAGCCAUAACGCGCAUGUCUACCGCUGAGUAUUGUGGGUGUCAGUAAGGAAGUAAAAUGGCGGACCUGGCAAACGAAGAGAAGCAUGCCAUAGCCCCACCAGUGUUUGUGUUCCAGAAAGAUAAAGCUCAGAAGAGAUCAGUAGAAGGGUCCAGUGCGGAGGAUGGAGAAGACUCUGAUAAAGAUGAGAGUAGUUACUGUCCCCCGGCCAAGAGGGAAAGGACAUCGUCACUAACACAGUUCCCACCCGCACAUUCAGUUUCUAAGAACAAUGUGUUCAUGCCAUCCAGUUUCUGUCAGUCCCCGACAGGAAAUAAUCAUUCAGAUUCAGAACCUGAGGAGAAAACGGUUGGGUUUCGCCUGAAGCCUCCCACCCUGAUCCAUGGACAGGCUCCUAGUGCAGGUGUCCCGAGCCAGAAACCCAAGGAGCAGCAGCGCAGUGUACUACGACCAGCAGUACUGCAGGCCCCUCUGACCACCAAAUCACUAACCCAGACCGGGUUGAACAGUGGUACAAAUGGAGUGGACAGGUCAUCAGAGGGUCUACCAGUUACCCAGAACGACACAGAGAAUUGUGAUGACACGACCACGUCACAGGUUGAGCAAAGCAGUGAACAGAAAGGCUCUACAUCAGCAGAAUCAGGGGAAACCAAUUAUUUCCUACAAUACAGAAGCACUCCCAGCUUACAGAAGGCUGAGAACAAGGCUGAUGACGGGGAUAAGUUUGUGUUUGGACAGAACAUGUCGGAUCGUGUCCUGAGUCCGUUGAAAUGUGAACAAGCUGCCAAGGGCAACAGAGAUCCCCCCACCGCCCCGCCCUGUGAGCUCCCGUCAAAAGACAGCAGCCCUGAUAAAGAUAACAAUGUGACAGAGUCUUUGGAGGAGUCGGCGGCGGCCUACACCAAAGCCACAGCCAAGAGGUGUUUGUUAGAGAAAGUAGAGGUCAGAACUGGAGAGGAGUCGGAGAGUAACGUUCUUCAGGUCCAGUGCAAGUUAUUUGUGUUUGACAAAGCUUCCCAGUCUUGGGUUGAGAGAGGCAGAGGACUGCUAAGGCUCAAUGAUAUGGCUUCCACAGAGGAGGGAUCGUUACAGUCCAGGCUGGUGAUGAGGACCCAGGGCAGUUUGCGUCUGAUCCUCAACACCAAACUGUGGCCUCAAAUGCAGACGGACAAGGCCAGCGAGAAGAGUGUCCGCAUCACAGCCAUGGACACUGAGGACCAGGGGGUCAAGGUCUUCCUCAUAUCGGCAAGCUCUAAGGACACAGGGCAGCUGUACGCAGCGCUGCACCAUCGUAUUCUGGCCCUGCGGAGCCGCUCAGACCAAGAGCCAGAGCCCAGGGUCCCCAUCCCAGAUGGCCACAUCCCUCAUCCCCAGUCUAACGGGGAGGAUAGUGAUGAGGACGAACCGCUCACACCCACUGCCAACACUACAGAGGGUCCAGAGGCCCAGUCCUGCGGGAGUGGGAGUGGGUCUUCAUAGCACCUGCCCCCCUUCAUCGGCUCACGCACUGCAGUCAGGAACACCUUACAGACCCCUCCAUGGACACCUCAGGCUAGCAUCUCCCCAGUGGUCUGAGGUCACAGUGGAGCGCCAGGAAGUAUCCUAUGCAGGUGUUACUAAGUUAACUCUGCAGUUCACACUCUGGAUUCACAGUUUAUCUGGGAUGGAUGGUCGUUUUUGUUUAGUAUUUGUCUUCUUUUUUUUUUACCUCUAGAACUGGAUUUGGGGGGGAGGGGGUGUUGUGAAUUGGAUGCUCAUCAUAUUGAUGAGUCUGAGUGAAUGAGAAAGCAGUUUUCUUCUCUAGCUGAUAUAAGUACAUUCUAAAUAGUUUGCUGUUAAAAGUGGGACUUUAGCCACCUUGCAAAAGAACAGACCUCAGGCACUUCAGUGGGGCUUGUAUUUUGUUCAGCGAGGUAAAGAUUGAGUUGCCUAGCAAAUAUGUUUAUAAAGUUUUUUUUUUUUCACAGAGUUUUGUCAUUGUAGAGUGUCUCUUACUUCAAGUUGUAUUUUUCUAAGGCAAAAUGCUUGCACACACUCUAGCUAGGAUUAGUCCGUCAAUACCACCUCUGGCCACUGUUAGUUUUUAGUCUGUCGUCCACAUUGUCAUUUAUUUUUUUACCACAAAUCGGUUGAAUUUAAUAUCCCUUGUGCAAACACCUGCUUUGAUGUUCGUAGCCAUAAAAUAUUGAAUUAAACAGUGGGAUUUACCUGUGUUCAUGAUUAUUAUUAUUACUGGUACAUUAUGUUUUUAUUGAUAGUUAAUAUUAUGGACUUUGCUUUUGAAAUUCAUGCGAAAAUGAACUAAUUCUGUAAAUAAGAAAGCUUGUUGGAUUUGUUUGCACCAUGACCCCAAAGUUUACCCUGAAUAUAGCCGUUAGAUUUGUUUGUUUCAAAUAUAUAAACAUUUUUUAGAUAGAUCAGAUAAAUAUAUAUGUUCUCAAAUAUAUAUAGUGGUUUACAAUUAUGUAAUUCGUUUUAAAUAAGUUCCAAUCACAAGGCUUUGUGUACAACAUCCACGAUCUCAGAAUCAUAUAAGACCAUUGCAACAACAACAAAAUCCCUAUUUUUUUCAUGCGAUCAGAAAGGCCCAUAUGAUCACUUUUAGGUUAGGGUGUAUCUAGCAUGUCAUUAUUUGCAUCUGUCCUAAACUUGUUUGACAUCAAAACCCUACAAAAUGCACAUAUACUCUCAGAACAGCGAAUGCUGCCAUUUUAUUAAAAGAGCUAUAGACAUUGGAACAGGUGGUACUACGCACACAGGGUACAGUAUUUUUCACCAAUAGUCUGGUGCUGAGCCCUCUAUUUAUUCCUUUGUUAAAUAGAUGGCUCUGGUCUGGUGUAUUUAAAACAAACAGCCCUUAAAGAGACAUAGAUGAAUAAUGUAAUAUUUUCUUCAGUGAAGUGUAGUUCCUCUUGUUUCAAGCCUUUUUCUUCCUCAUCGUUGGAAUGAGUAAUAUUUCUAAGUUGUAUUAUAGCGUUCUACUUUUUCAUUUACUACAAGCCUUUGAUGUAAAAAAAAAUAUUUUAACUAACAAAAAGUAUACUAAGAAAAGUUUGAAACAAAAAAAAACAGGCAUGUAGACAUAUUAUUGGUUAAAAUGUAUAAAUCCUGUAAUGUAUAUUAUUGAAUAAGCAGCCUUUAAAGGAAUAAUCCACUCAAACUUUAUUUAGGUAAUUGUCAUUUUACUGUUGAUAAUGAAACAAAUUCCAAAAUAUAGUUUGAGUAGAUUACUCCUUUUAAGUGUAAAAAAAGGACAACUCCUUAUUUAGUACUCUUCUUCACUGCAGUCUAUAGAAACCUCACCGUGUAAUGUGCUCCGUAAAAUUGUGUUCUCUCCAUUUUUCACAUUCUGCUUGUGUAGCUACAAACAGGACUAUUCCUAAUGGCCCAGUUUUUAAAAAGUUAUCUGGGUUUCGCCUAUCAGAUAAGAAUAGAAUGAAUAGAACGGAAGUCCCCAUUCAAGUCAAUGUUUUGUCCAUUCUAUUCAUUCUAUUUCUAUGCAUUUAAUCCUAUCCGAUAGGUAAAAUCUAGAUAACUUCAAAAGAAACUGGGCCCUGGACAUGAAUGUAUGGCAACUUGUCUCUAUAUAAAGGGCCAGGGACUGACAUUCUUCAGCACUUUUCCUUCUCUGUGAUAUUUCUCCCAUCAAUAUGAAUUGUUUUAAUGUUCGUAAAUGCACAUGAACUGAGGCUGUCCAUUGAUUAAUUGGCAAAGGUGGUUGAUAAUGAAGUGUUGAAUGUUGUUUACAUUGGGGUUGUUGAUGGUUAUUUGUUGGGGAGUGACUGUAAGACCGAUAUACACUUUUGUUCAUGUUAUAUUUUUGUUGCUGAAAUUUCUGUCAUGUCUGCUAUAGUUCCCUUAAAACAUCUACCUGUU